AUGAGGGCCCUCUCUGCACUUCUCGUCCAGUUCACCCUGGCAAUGAAGGUGACUUUGCCUCCCAUCCGUGCCGAGCCGCCAUUAAUUCUUCUCAUGUCCGACCUCGGCCUGGCACCCGGGGCCGUGAUCGCAGCCAACAUCACUGUGACACAGGGCAGUGCAGUCCUCAUGCUUUUCACCAAAUCAGAGUUGCUGUCGUGGGAAAGAUCGCUGAUGAAACUACCUCAGCAAGAUCUGCAAAAUGCCACCUCUUACUUUCGUAGUCAAUGGAGACAGCCUUUUCGACAUUAUCUCUCUGCGAGGACCUGUAUGUUAUGCAGCACGAAGAUCCCGAUUCCACAGCGCUGCCCACCAGGAUGA